GGGAAAGAAACAAAAUAGAAGAAAAGCGAAAAGAGGAAGACUCGAUGAGCGGUUGGUAAAGUGGAGGACUCUCACUAACCGAAAAAAAGGGGGAUUACAAAAAAAAAAAAAUCAGUCAUCCGAGGAAAAUCUGAACGCGAUCUCCCAGGGAUUUGACAAAAUCCCAAUUCCCCGAUUUCCAGAUUUCAAUGCGGCGAGAGCCAUUGGCUUGAAACAGACUCGUAGUUAUCGCUGCUGAGCAGUCGAUCUUCAAUCCAGAAUCCACGGAGGAGCACAGUUGAAGAAUGGAAAGACGAUCUUCUGGAGCUUCUCAUUGUUUUGCAGGUUGUUUCUCUUGUGGCAGAAUUCUAGAGUCCUCUAGAGUAUCUGCUCCUUAGUAAGAUACUUCACAAGGAACUGGCCCAUAAAGAUUUGAUUGGAGAAAUUUAUCCCAAGUCAAAUGGUUUAGUGAUCUUGCGAAGAAACAGCUUGCAAUUUGGUUUGAUGGGUAAAGAGAAUCUGUUGGAAACGACCAACUGUGGAGUCAGUAACAAUGGCUGUCCACCCGCCAAGAAAGAGGAAUUGGCCGUUGAGGCACGGUACAGUUCGGACAGGGAUGCAGGAUUGCCAACAUGUCGUGUAUGCCAAUGUGUGGAAUCUGACCGAAGGGGAGAUGCUGCUUUAGGUUUUCUGGGUAUUACUCCUCCAGUUCAGGAAGGUCGUAAAAGCAAUGUAAGCGAAACUGCUGAUGACAAGAAAACUCCUGGGGCUGAUCAGAAAAAUUCCCAGGAUAAGAGCAAUGGAAGAGAAUCUGGCUUUGUUGAAAUAAUAAGCCCUGAUGGGGAGGUCUUCAUUUGCACUAAUGACAUAGAAACAGGAGCAUGGCAGCAUCGAGAUGCCUUGAUUGAACUUGGAUGUUCUUGCAAAAGCGAUCUUGCAUUAGUACACUACGCUUGUGCACUCAAAUGGUUUGUCAACCAUGGAUCAACUGUUUGUGAGAUCUGUGGACAUGUUGCAGAAAACAUAAAGACUGCUGAUUUCAACAAAGUUGUUGUUGCCUUGAAGGAUUAUGCUGCACUAAGAGAAAGAACAGCUGAUGGAGAUCCAAACCCGGUUCAAGUGAAUGCAGGUUCAGGGAUUGAUCCUGAUGCAGUUGCUGCCAUUAGAAGGCAACGACUUAGUGAGAUCUCAUCUUGGUUUAGCCCUCACAGCACGGGCAAUAACAAUAACAACAACUCUACUACCACGGCUUCUCAGGUCAUUUUAGAACAACCCUUGGGUGUUGUAAAUGAAAAUGUCUUACCUGUGGAAAGCUGUGCUACUAGAUGGGCCGUUGAAGGUACAGGUAUUCUGCUUGCUACUGGUUUACUCACCGUCACCCUGGCCUGGCUCAUUGCUCCCCGUGUCGGAAAAAAAACUGCAAACAGCGGACUUCACAUUCUCCUGGGUGGUCUGUGUGCAUUAACAGUUGUCAUCUUCUUCAGAUUUGUGGUGCUCACCAGAAUCAGGUACGGCCCUGCACGCUACUGGGCGAUCCUGUUCGUCUUUUGGUUCCUGGUCUUUGGCAUAUGGGCUUCUCGCUCGCAUUCUGCUCACUCCAAUUGAUUUGUUCCCUUCACAGUCAGUCAGCUCUGCAUAUUCUUUUUUUUUUUUUUUUU